ACUCAGUUCAGCAAUAAAAUGAAAAUUUUCUUCUUGUGGAGUUUAAAGAGGACGUAUUCUCAUUAUGGAAGUCUACUUUUUGCACAUUACACACUAGCUCGUUACGUUUGAUUGGAAUGCUUAACACGUCCUCAAGUGAAGACGACGAAUAUGUCAGUUCAGCAGGAAAUUUCGAAGAUGAGGACCAAGCGAGGAGAUGGUUAAAUUAUGAAGGUAGAAACAUCGAUACAAUAGAUCUGAUAUCGAAACCACACAUGAAUACCCUGUUGAAUACUGAAUCAUUCCAACCAAAUGAUAAAAUCAAUUUGAAAUAUAUGUCAAACAAUCAAAGUCCUGCCAGCGGAUGGAAAAGACUCCAAUAUCAUCAUCAUCCUGUCUCUGAUGUUCCUACCGUCUACAAAGAUACCCAACGACCACCACGAUUAGGUGAUUGUGCUGCUAAAAAUACUGAAUCAUCAAGACUAGGUUUUCCAACCAACUCGGAGAUAAAUUCGCAUGAUUCAGUUAUCCCAGUUACAGCAACAACAACAACAUCUCAACAGCAACAGCAACACAAUUUAGUGUUAGUUUUGAAAGUCCUCUAGAAGCUUGUCCGCUGGGUACACGUUUAAGUCCAGUGGGAAGUAGUUGUUGGUCAUCUGAACAGCAUAUUUCGCCUGAUUUAACCUCACUGAUGAGUAGUAGUACAAAUUCUGUGUCGGCUGGCAUAUCUUUAAGUUCAGGUCGUCAGCAUGCCUUGAAAUCACUGCUGCACAGACAACCAUCAGCUGGUACAGCAUGCUCCGGGGGGACGUUGUCUACAGAACCUGUACAAUCUGCUUCACAGUCGGUGCGAUCAGCUCCCUUGUGCGCUAGUCAACUGACUCGAUCUAAGUGGAGUAAACAGAUGACAAUCAGUAGAAAUAUAAAUUCGCAUUAUUUUACACCACCACCACCACCACCAUGUUUGGUAGUUAGUGAUCCAGAGGAAGAAAUGCAUAAUAAGCGUCUACAGCUGUAUGUCCUGGCUAUUCGAUGUAUUGCCUAUCCAUUGUUAACUGUUAAUACUAGUGGACAGAAUAGACGAUAUCUACGUGUUACCAAAGAUUAUUUGAAUAUAUUAAAGGAAAGAUUUCAGUUGUAUUUACGUGGUGAAUUGCCUAUUAGUAGUGAUGAAGCAUUUCAUAGUGCUGUUAAUGAAUUCACUGAAGCUGUUCUAAAAAGUGAUCGUCUUUUAAAUAUGGUCAAGUCUGGCAGCUGUUCCAUGUAUGAUAUUCGAGAGAUUUUUAUUACACAUAUUGAAAAACAGUUUCAAGGUAUUCAACCAAUUGAAGGUUUAUCCAAAGAAAGUGUAUUAAGUUCAUGGAAAAUAAAAUUUGAUCAAAUAUGUCGCGGGGGUGAAGGACCGUGUCCUGAAGCAAUGAAAUUAGCUGUACCUCAACCAGAGCCUGUAGCUUUAUCUAAUGAACAAUUAUACGAAUUAUUAAUGCGUACACUGUCAGUUGAAAAAUAUGAACAUCAAGUGUUAUAUAAUGCAUGUCAACUUGAUAGUGUAGAUGAACAAGCCUCUCAAAUCAAACGGGAAUUAUCAGAACGUUUACUACAGAUUGACAGAAUGUAUAAAGAACGUUCAUUCCCUAAAAUGGUACAUAAAGAAAUGGAAAUGCAGUAUAUCGAAGAAGAAAAACUCAGGGUGAAUGGAUUAAUGAGACGAUUGGAUUCAAUCCCGGUAAUGAAAACGCAUUCAACUGCUGUCAGUACAGUGCAUAGACGUCUGAGAAAACAUCCAAUAAAAAGUAUUCUAGCCAAUUGGCAUAUAAACGAUACACGAUCUAGUCGAUCUGAUCAUGACACUACUGGCUCAACAUCAGAUCUAUGGUCAAGACAACUGGAGUUAGGCUCGUCGAGAUCAUCUUUAUCGUUGGCAGAUGAAAUUCACUCACUUAAUGAAAGUGUACCGUCAUCUUCAAUGUUAACAAAUCAUGAAAUUCCAAAAGAAGCUAUGCAAAUUUGUUCAACGAUUGAAAUAUUAGUUCAUCAAGUGAGAAAUAUUCAUAAUCUACCUCGUACAAAAAAGUUGUAUUGUGCUAUAGAACUGGAUUGUACACCUGAUCGAAAGAGAACAGAAUCUGUUGAAGUUAGUAAACCAGUAUGGAAUACUACAGCAGAAUUUCAGACAUCACAACCACUUCCUAUAGUCAAGGUGAAAGUUUUCAAAGAAUGCUCAGGACCCCUGACACUUGAUGAUAAAGAACUAGGAAGAGUAACUAUCAAUAUAACUUGGUCAAGUCCACGAAAUCCCCUCUGGUAUAAACUACAGACAACAAAACACUGUCAUGAUCCAUUGGAAUUACAAAUUUCCUUGUCUAUGCAACGUCCAACUAAUUGUAAAUAUGGUAAUUAUUGUUGGAUUCAAGGGAGAACAACAUUUAAAAAAUGGAAACGACGUUAUAUUUGUAUUAUACAGAUAUCUCAGUACACGUCAAUGCUGGCAGCUUAUGCUGAACAGAAAACUCAACCGUCUGAGUCGAUUAUCCUGGAUGGAUUCACUGUAGACUAUUGUGAACCAAGAGCAGAUUUAAUAAGUCUGGCUACAUUUGGUCGAAAUGGUAAACCAGAUCAUCAUGCAUCAACAUCCUCGUUAACGUCAUUAUCACGACUUCGAUUUAGUACACUGGCACGUAUGGGCAGUCAGAGAAAUGUGGGCAGUGGUCCACUUGGUGGUCUAGAAUGUGAUUAUACACCGAGAUUUUUCUUUAAACUUGUUCGAGAAGGUGAUACGCUGAUUGUAGCAUCAUCUACUGAAAUCGACCGACAGAAUUGGAUCCAAGCACUGUAUAGGGCUACUGGUCAAACGCAUAAACCUACGGCGCCAGGAGCGGCUAGUAGUACAGCGCUAACAAAUGAUCAAGGCAAGGGUACUGCUGAAGUAGAAACUAGUCAAAUGAAAAAGAUUGAAGAAUAUGCUUCAACACCAGUUCAUACACUUGAUCAUUUAGAAUAUUUUGCUCUUCUACAAUCUUUAAGCUUAGACUAUCGUUUAACGGAUCCAUUUGUCUCACUUGGUUGUCUAAGUCCAAUACAACGUCAUCUGUUAGAUGAAUAUUGUACACGUUAUGGGAUACGUGAAUGUCAACGUCAUUUAGCCAUGUUAAUUAAUCUGCUGAAUAAAAUAGAAAAUGGUAUGAGUAUAGAUCCUGAUCUAAUUCAUAUCAGUUAUGCCUUGUGUGCUAAUCAUGUCAGUGGGAAAGCUCAACACGAUCAAGCUGUACAUACAGUACUAGCAGUGGAACGUGAUCAAUUCCAGGUUAUUAAGGCUAGAUUAACAACACUGUUGGAGAAACAGAUUACUGAAUUCCGUUAUUGUUUCCCAUUUGGACGUCCAGAGGGAGCUUUGGAGAAGACAAUAAGUUUAUUGGAACGGGUGUUGACCAAAGAAACCGGUGAACCUGUGCCAACUGAAGUUAUUCGAAAUGCAAUUCGUAAUUGUUUAAGAAAUGCAGCAGUUUUAAACUAUGAACGAAUAUCAGAAUAUGUUAUGAUUGAAGUUGUUACCGGUCCACGUAUUAAAGGUGGUAAAAAAGAAAAUAAGAAAAUCUGUGAAAUGUUUCAUUUAGCUGAACUUUGUAUUGAAGUUUUAAAACAGAAUGAACAACAUCAUGCUGAGUCAUUUGCAUGGUUCAAUGAUCUUUUCAUUGAACAUACAGAAAAUUUUUGGUAUCUCUUUCAAAUGGAUCUAUUUGAACUAUUGGAUAGACUACCAGAAGAUUGUUGGGAAGUAUUUGAUUUAUUUCAGCUGCUUAAUAAUUAUCUUUUAAGUAAUGCUAAUUUAUCUAAUGGUCGAUUUCAUCAAGAGUUAGCCAAUCGUUUUACACCUUUGGUAGACCGUUAUAUUGGAUUAAUGUCAGAUUCUGUUGAGCAUGCAUUAAUAGAUGGAUUUAAAAAUGAACGAUGGACUCCUGCCACGAAAUUAAACAGAAAUGAAGGUACAAAAGAAUUCCUACAUGACAAUAUCUCACAACUGCAAAUUAAACCUGAUGCGUCAACACGUAUUCGUCAUUCAUUAGCUUCAUUUAAUAAAGGUGAUAUUGGAAAUAUCAAUGAAACGCGAUCGUUAAAUAUACCAGUAGUAGUUCAUGCUCCUCAGCAUCCUCUUCCACCUCCUCCAGCUCCGUCUAGUCGUCAUCAACAUCAUCAACACCAUCCUCAUCAGUUAGAUAUUGACUGGAAUGCAUCAAUAGUGUGUACAAGUGAAAAUUCUCUAGAUACGAAGGACAAAGCGAAAUUGUCAACAGCAUCGGCAGCAUCAGCAACAACAACAACAGCAGCAAUCACAGAACUUUUCCAGUAUUCCUCUGGAAAUUUUAAUAUAACCAGUUGUCAGACAUGUCAAACUGUUAUUGACUUACUCUGGAGAUUAUAUAAGCUAAAAAGAUUUGUACAAGAAUUGAAUUGGCCACAAGCGAAUAUAGCGGAUGCACUUGAUGAAAGAGUACGUGUCCUGUGUGCACAAAUGCUUAGAGAAGCUGUAAAACGUACACUGAUUGAACUAGAAUCAAUGGUACGGAAAUGUUCUAAAACUGUAGAUUUAAUCCUUCCGCUAGAAUGUUAUACAAUGUUGAAUACAAUCAGUGAAUUAAGAGCUCAUCUUUUCAUAUUAUGUCAGCCAGUAAAACAAGGAAGUUUAUUGAAUAAUGCUACUACUACUACUAAUACUACUAAUAAUAAUAACAGCAAUAUUAAUAACAAUGACAACAGUGGAUGGUCGUAUCGUUCACCAAUUAGAAAUGCCAACCAAUUACAUAUGGAAACACAAGAAUUCUUUGAAAGUGUACAAAGAAAUAUGAUGGUUAUCAUUAUCGAUCAAUUUAUGACUGUUUUAAACGGUGUACUGAAGAAGUUGACCAGAUUCGAUGAAAAUAAACUAUUGUCUUCAAUACUUGUCCUAACUAAACCUACCGAUGAAGAAGGUCAAGCCUAUGGAACUUUUCUUCAUGUAAAUUUACAGAAUUUAAGUGAAAAUCUAAUCGAUGAAGUUUCAAUGCUAUCGAUGCUGGAAACAUGGUACACACGUCAAAUGAAGGCUGUCUACGAUUGGCUUAUCCAGCGUAAAAGUAUCCUACUUCAUCCGCAUCAGAUUAAAUUCCUAUCAGUUAUUGUUAAAAAAAUAUUUAGUGCCUUCGAAUUACAAGGCUUAUCGAAAAAUGUUCUCAACACUAUUGUAUAUCAAACAGUAAUUCAAAGAAUUCAGGUUGAAGAGACAACACAAUGUGUUAAAAAAGAAGCGAGUUCCAGUGGUAGUUCAUCCAAUUCAAGUCGGAAUAAAAUAUUGACUAAUCUUGGUGAAGGAUUAACAGCAUUCACUGGGAGUCCUAUAUUCCAUAGAUCUUAAUGUUGUAAUGUAAUGCUGUAAUCAUGCUGUAUAGCUCGACAGUGACAAUGACACCGAAUGACGACAACAGGAAGACGCAGAAGAAGAAGAAGAUAUAGGAUGCAUCACUGUUUAUUGCUUUUUUUGUUAUUUAAGUAUUUGACAGUAUUAUUAUUAUUAUUACUAUUACUAUUCUGUAAUGAAUACCUUCCAGUACUAGUCAAAUCUUUCCACUACACACACACACACACAAGAUUACACAAUACACCAUCAAGUCUUUCAACUGCUGAAAUCAGAAGACGAACUAUUUUUGAUAAAAUUAGUCUAUACAAACAUAUAUGCAU